AUUCAGUGGGCGUCGUCCACGUGAAAACAUUAAAAAUAUCAAAUUGGUUGAGUUUUGGGAAGCCGCUUAGAAAAUACACAAGAUAAAGUUUAAACAUACCUUCAUUUAGGCUAAGAAAUUAAGCUGCUCUUAAAGCCAUGGCAGUACCUACCACGGUUUCCCUGGCGCUGGCCUCGGUUACGGCCGUACUGAUUUUUUCUGCCAUGCAGAUGUACAGACCGCUGAUAGCUUCUUCCCAAAUAGCUACAAUUUUUGGAGGGUAUCUGGGAUCCUGGCUGUUCAUCCUUUCACUUACGGCGGUAUCCAACCUAGAAACAGUAGUUUUAGGAAAAGGUUUUCAGGCAAAACUGUUCCCGGAAGUAGCGUUUUGUCUGAUCGGAUCAAUGAUCGCCUGUGGAAUGGUACACCGGGUUUGUGCCACGACUUGUAUUCUGUUUUCCAUUGCGGCUCUGUACUAUAUCAAUAAGAUCUCACAAAAAGUACAUAAUGCUCCAGUACCCGUGGAAACUUAUACCGGUAAGAAGAAGAAGAAAUAAACGGAUGCAUACCGGGUACGUGAGUAGAGAUCAGAGUAUCUACUCAUAACCACGAUUCAAUGAUUACAUCCGAACAUUUAUGCAAACCCAAGUAUAAAUUUCUAAAUAAUUU